ACGGCUCGGUCCCCCCUAAAACCCUCCCUAUAACGGCCUAAACCCUAUUUCUGUUCAAUUCACAGAUUCCCAAACUUAACCUCGUGCCGGUGCCAGCGUCUACGAUAGGAGAACAUUGAAAUUUUUUGGAAAACAAUGGAAGUUGAUUUGGGAGAUAUCGCGUUUGGCAUGGAUUUCCAUCCCUCAGACCAGCUCGUCGCUACUGGCCUUAUCAAUGGCCACCUUCACUUGUACCGUUACAGUGCCGAUUCAUUACCUCCUCAAAGGUUGCUGGAAGUUCACGCGCACGAAGACUCUUGUAGGGCUUCUAGGUUCAUCAAUGGGGGACAAGCGAUUUUGACGGGUUCUAAGGAUUGCUCGAUUGUUGCCACUGACGUGGAAACGGGAUCACAAAUUGCUCGCCUUGUAAACGCUCAUGAGGAUGCCAUUUAUAGUUUGAUCAACCUCACAGAGUCCACCGUUGCAUCGGGGGAUGAUCAAGGCUGUAUUAAGGUAUGGGAUACCAGGCAACGCUCUUGCUGCAAUUCUUUUGAUGCUCAUAAAGACUACGUUUCGGAUAUGGCUUUUGCUUCUGAUUCAAUGAAACUGCUUGGAACAAGCGGAGAUGGAACUCUGUCUGUUUGCAAUCUUAGAAGAAAUAAAGUUCAAACUCAGUCCGAGUUUUCUGAAGAGGAGUUAUCAUCUGUUGUUAUUAUGAAGAAUGGAUGCAAAAUUAUUUGUGGAUCACAAAAUGGAACUUUACUGCUGUAUUCAUGGGGCUAUUUCAAGGAUUGCAGUGAUCGAUUUGUUGCUGACUCUUCAGCCUCCAUUGAUGCUCUGUUAAAGCUUGAUGAAGAUAGAGUCAUAAUUGGAUCUGAAAACGGACUCAUCAGCUUGGUCGGCAUAUUACCCAACCGGAUUAUCCAGCCAAUUGCGGUGCAUUCGGAAUACCCAAUCGAGGGCCUUGCUUUUUCUCAUGACAGAAAGUUCCUUGGCAGUAUAUCACAUGAUCAGACUUUGAAGCUUUGGGAUUUGGAUAAUAUAUUGCAAGGUUCUGGAAGAACUGUGAAGAGCCAAGCAGGUCCGGCGGACAGUGAUAGUGAUGGUAUGGAUGUCGAAGAUACUUCUUCCAAACCUAACAAAGGGACCAAGAGGAAAAAUGCAAGUAAAGGAAACAGUUCGAGCAGUACAAAUAGCUUUUUUGCGGACUUUGCGGAUUAGUAAAGGUGAUAGAAUAUGGCCACUCGUGUUAUACAGUUGGAAUCAUUUGAUGCAAUGAGCUUUCUGGCUUUGCUCACAAGUAGGACUCUGUUUUUUUGGAUGUUUGAGAUGGAGCCAGAGCUUGCAGUCAUGUUGACUCAACAUGGGUACUACAGCAUUCGGCUCCAUUUCAUCCAGCAUUUGUUUUAUCGUUUCAUGGUCUCUUUCCCUGGCCAACUUAUAGAAUUUAUUAAAGUAAUGUUGAACGAUCAACGAUCUCUGUGCUACGGAUGUACUGAUAUCCAUUUUUUCAAUGUGCACUUCUGGCAGGCAAAUGUAUGACGAUCUCAUUGCUACUGAAGUAGCAAUCCAUUUUUUCAAUGUGCCCGAAAUAGUAACAGAAUGCUGAACAUGCAUCACCUCCCUAAAACCCUAAAUCACCUCUAUUCACCAAA